UCGGAACGCAUUCGCAACUUCCGCUAAUCAAUAAAAGUUAAUGUAAACAGUGUAAACAGAGAGUCUGGGAUGGCAAAGCCAAAGAAAUUUGUGAAUUCUGUCUUUGAGAAUUUUGAUUCUACCGAUGAUGUGUGUGCAGAAUGUUUUGAUGCAUAUGACGAGGAUAGAGAUGGAGUCUUAAAUUAUGCUGAAUGUUCAAAAUUGAUCAGUGACUCGCUGCAGUCAAAGACAUACAGUCUCACAGAGGAGCACAAAGAACGCAUUUUUUCACUUCUAGAUGAAGAUAAGGAUGGUUUGAUAUGCCAAGAAGAUUUUCGAAGAUGUGGAUAUUACUGGUUAAAGCAGACUCUUAAGCCAGUGUCUGCAAUCAUAAUCAUAGAUGUACAGAAUGACUUCAUUAAUGGUUCACUAGCGCUACAGAAUUGCCCAGCAGGUCACGAUGGAGUGGAAGUUGUUCCUGUUAUCAACCAUAUACUAGACACUAUACCAUUUGAUCUGGUUGUGUACACGAAGGACUGGCAUCCUGACAACCAUAUCUCAUUUAUAGAGAAUGUAAAACAGAGACCUAUUACUACAUCAUGCAAGAUAAAAGCAGAAGAGGCCAAAGUAUAUGAUACUGUGGAGUUUGAUGGUCCACCUAAAACAGAGCAGAAAUUGUGGCCUAAACAUUGUGUAAAUGGUACAUGGGGUUCUGAACUUCACCCAGAUCUGAAGAUAGUAGAGGGCGCUUCUUAUGUUAACAAAGGUUGUCAUUCUGAAGUAGACAGUUACUCGGCUUUCUGGGAUAACAACAAACUUACACAAACAGAUCUUGUGCGAAUUUUAGCCAAACAUAAAGUAACUGAUGUGUAUGUCUGUGGUGUAGCAUAUGACGUCUGUGUAGGUUUCACAGCUUUUCACUCACUAGAGCAUGGAUUUCGUACAGUUCUCAUUGAUGAUGCAUGUAGAGGUGUUGACAAUGAUGCAAUAGAGGAGACAAAGAGAAAACUCAUGGAAUCAGGGGGAAUCAUUGUACACUCAUCAAAGGUAAAAGCAAUAGUAACAGGGGAAGAUAGACCGUCAGCUCUUGGUCUGCAAACAGCUAAAAAUGUAGCACUGGCACGGGAACUUGUUAACAGAGGCAUUGUGAAAUAAUUAUAUAAUGAUGACAGCUCCAGUAGAUAUUAAUUGUGUCUUGUUGAUAUGUCAUGUAAAUCUUUUAUAAAUAUGUAUAUUUACAAGUAUUUGUAAGUUGUUAUGGAAACAGGAUUUACCUAUUCUACCCAAGUGCAUACAAUAGAAUUUUUGGCCUUAUUGAUGAACAAUAUUUUAUUAUUAAUUAUUAAGUUCUCUUUGUGUUAUUUAAAAACAUCUUUAUAAAUAUAUAAUGUUUUUAUAUAAAAGUUGAACAUAUGAUCUGAUACUAUAUAUUGCAAGUGUUCUACAGUUUUAAUCAUCAUUAAGAAAAAAAUCUGAAAUAUUUUUGAACAUUUGUGUUUGAUGAUGCAACA